AAAAAAGCGAAUGGGAAUUGGCCAAAGUGGAGAUUGGCUGAUGAAGGAGCGUUGGGCGAAUUGCUCGGAACGAGGUGCAAAAAUCAAAGACAGCCAAUUAAAAAACCAAAUGAUGCCGAAAAAAACAAAGAAAACUGGAGUUGCAAUCUGCAGUGAUUUCGCAUAAAAGUCGUGGGCGUCGUGGAGUUGGACAUACUUGCCUUCGAUUCAGCAAUCCGAGCGGAGUUACCCACCUACACACCAAACCAAGAUGCGCGUCCUUAUUGCUCUGUGCCUUGUUGCUGCUGUCAGCGCCAGGAGUGGCUACAACUACCAGCCAGCUGCCUCGGCUCCUGCCACAUCCUUCGCUCCUUCCGGACCGAGCUACUCCGCCCCGGUGGCUGCCAUCCAGGAUGCCCCUGCUGAGUCCUAUGCCCCCGCUCCUGCCGUCGAAGCUGCUCCCUCUGCCGUGGCCACCAACUACGCUGCUCCCCAGGCUGAGCUCCAGAAGGAGUUCUUCACCUACACCGCCGACGAGCAGGACUUCAACGAACCCGCCGCCUCCGAGCAGGUUUCCGGCUCCCUGAACAAGGCUCUCCGUGUGAUCUUCAUCAAGGGACCCGAGAACACCGGCCUGGAGAACGCCGCCGUCGCCCUGGCCAAGCAGGCCGGACAGCAGGAGACCGCCAUCUAUGUCCUGAACAAGCAGGCUGACAUCGGCGAUCUGAGCAACAAGUUGAACGCCAUCCGCAACAACAACAACAACAAGCCUGAGGUUCACUUCGUCAAGUACCGCACCAACCAGGACGCCAUCAACGCCCAGCAGGCCAUCCAGUCGCAGUACGACCAGCUCGGUGGAUCCUCGACCAUCCAGAACGGAGGCGUGGCUCCCGUCCUGAACUUCGCCUCUCAGCCAGCUCCUCAGCACGUAGCUGCUCCUUCUGCUCCUGGCAGCUCCUACCUGCCCGCCUCCGUCCUGCGAUUCCGCCAAUAAGCUAGCAGUAAUGUGACCUCAAUUCGAACUUAAACUGACCUCAAACUGACCCAGA